UUACCUGGGUGGGUGGGGUCACAGUGCCCAGAGUUCAGUUUUAGCUGAUGCCAACCCCACCCCUCCCAACAUAAACCCAAGCUCCAGGCCUUAGGGUUUUUCCUACCAGUCCCAUCCCCAACAUACAUCUAUCUCCCUGGAAGGGACAACAAGCAGAACAUAUGUACUUGGGCAGAGACAGAGGCCUGAGUAUGUCUUGGGAAGAGGAGAACAGCCAGCCAGACAGCAAGGAAGGAGCUUGGAGAUAUCAGAACACAACAGCAUCACAGGAUCUUGGAAAAAGGGCCAGCAAAGAGACAGACAAGGCAUUCCCACCGAGGACAGCCAGGCCAACUGAGCAGGAUGGGGCAAGAGGCCCCCCAGGCAUAGCCAGAGCCACUCACCAGAACCUAAAACCAUCCCGUGCUGGAGAGGCCCCUAUGAACUACCCGGUCAGCCGAGGGCAGAGGAAUAGGGGUAUAUGCUGGGGCUGACACAGCUGGCUUUGAACCCCAGCUCUGCCACUUCUGGGCUGGACCUCCUUAUGAGGAACUUGAGGCACGUGACUCUCCCUGGGCCAUUUAGCCUAGCACAGCAGGGACCAGGUUUCCUGACUUCCAGGCCAGUCUUCAGUGCUCUACCUAAUGGCAGCUUAUAAGGAAUGGAAAGAGGGUAUAUGCCUUUACCUAUUUGGCAGCAGCCUGGGGCUGGGGGGGCUCCUGCUCCUGGCUGUGGUCGUUCUGUCUGCCUGUCUGUGUCGGCUCCAUCGGAAAGUGAGGAGGCUGGAGAGGAGCUGGGCCCAGCUCUCAGAGCAAGAGCUCCACUACGCAUCUCUGCUGUCCGUGCCUUGCCGUGAGGGGCCUGGCCUCAGCCAAAGGGAAGGCUCCAAGGAGGACCCCAGCAGUGACUAUGCCUGCAUUGCCAAGAACUAAUCCACCUGAGCUCCCCCAAACGCCUUCCCCCAACCCAGGACUGUGGCCCACCCAGUAAAGACCGUGGUCUCACCACC